GUGCGGCAUAAUAUUGCCAUUGCGGAGAAUUUUCAAGAUGGCUGUUCAGAUCCUAAAAGGCUUAUUGGAGCACUUGAAAACAUCCUGAAACAAUGUGAGGAGCUUGCAGAUACAUCUGCAGAACCCUCGGAGAUUACCAGCAGUGAUGGAAGAAAAUCUAUGGCUGGCGUGAAGGGACCUAAUAAUGCUGGGAAUCACCUUUCUAGUUCUUCUGGUUACAGCGACGACUUUGACACCUCUGUUGCAAUGUUUAACUUAGCUGUUAUCUGGUUUCAUCUUCAUGAUUAUGCCAAAUCAUUCUCAUACUUGGAAACAUUUUAUCAGAACAUUGAACCCAUUGACGAGGCAACAGCCCUUCGUAUAUGCCUUUUGUUGCUGGAUGUUGCAUUAGUGUUUCAUCAUGCAUCAAGAUCUGCU